AUGUCGCACGCAGAUCCAGGCGAACACGCAAUGCCCGCAAUGCCCGCAAAUGGCACACCGCCAUCGCCGCAUUCAGCACAGUCGAUCGCAGCGUCGGCGCCAACGCCAACUGCCUCGCUCCACGUCUCCCUGCCGCCCAACUUUCCACAGCCUGUCCAGACUUCCUUCUCACCGCCCGCAAGUAGAGUCGUCUCGGGAGCGACCAUCGUCAACUCGUACACUAGCCCGUCCAUCGCUCAGGUGCUCUCGCCACCGCUCCCGCCCCAGCUACCCCCCACCGCCACCUCUCCACACGCCUCGACAUCCUCGCACCAUGCGCAUUCACCCACCAAGCCGACGGCUGCCUCCUCAUCCUCAUCCUCAUCCUCUUCCGCUUCCGCUGUCGCUGCCGCCCUCGCACGCACGCCUUUCUCGCCUCCAGAGACCUACACCUUCGCACGCCCACCCACCAAGCGCGACAGCCCCGGCACCAAGAGCGCAAAGAGCACCCCCGGCCGCUCCCUCAACCCUCACCAUGACGACAUCCUCAGCCGCGAGUUCGCAGACGCCGCGCGAAACGACUUUGAGCUCAGCCUGCCACCAGCCAUGCUCAGCUCCGGCCGCAAGGCGAGUGUCAGCCUCCACCUCUUCAAGGAGACCUCCAACAAGCCCUCUCACGCCGCCGCACUCGCCACCAGCCGCGACCGUCCUGUCAUCGACGAGUCCCCCGCCGAAUCCUCGGCGACAGCAACGACGACGAGCCUACGCAAGCAGCCCACUCGCGCUGCCACCAUGCUCCCACCAUCACACCGAACUGCCAAGCCGCCAUCGUCACACCGCACCGAUGUCCGCCGCGAGUCGUCCGCCACCUCGUCAUCCGCGCUGCUCUCGCCGAGAGAAGUCUGCUCGUCUGCGCUACGUCCCGCCACGCCUUCGCUGCUUUUGGCCCAGGGCGACACCACCGCCAGCAGCUACUUUGGUCCCGCGCAUCCCGAAGCCGGUCCCAGCUCAAGCGCUCCGGCGCUCGCCACCACUCUGCCCGCCACGAGCCAGCCCACGCGCCGCCCACGUCGCUCACAGACGCUCGCAUCGCCCGAAAUGGUCGGCACCGCAUUCGACGCACACCUCCUGCCAGACGUCUCGUCGCUCGAACCACUCGAUACACGCCCCAUCCCCAUCACCCGCUCCAAGCCCAACCAGCUUCGGCCCGCGUCUCCCGUCAAACUUGCUGCUGCCAAGUCGGUCGCAGCCGCGUCUGCCGAGUCCGACACCGCCGUCGAUCCGAGCGCGGCCAUCGCUUCGUUGGGCGCCUCCAAUUUGCAGCGCCACUCGUCCGUGCCCGAGACCGACUGGGCGGGCCACGCGUGGCCCGGAACUCUCUCCAUGACGCGCAGACGCAGCCUCAACCACCUCACACACAGCUCGUCUGACUAUGAGGAGGAUGGCGACGAUGACGACGCGCUCGACGAAGACCUCGACGCGCCCGACGCCUAUCUCGACUUUACCAGCUCCGACGACGAGCCCAAGUCGGACUAUCCGCACGCCGCGGCCGACGACGACGAGCUCCAGAUGAGCGGCUCCGAAUGGGAAGCCGACAGGGCAUCGGCAGAACCUGCGUACGGUAUUCCCGCCUCUUCCGCGCACCACGACCCGCCAGCGGUGGUCCAGCUGCAGCCGUACCACAACCAGGUGGGCGGCCACAACUCCAUCUUUCAGUUCUCCAAGCGCGCCGUGUGCAAGCCGCUGGUCGGCAGGGAGAACGAGUUCUACGAGGCCGUCGAGCGCGAACAUCCCAUCCUGCUCGCCUUUAUCCCGCAGUACCUCGGCGUGCUCAACGUCACCUACCGACACGUCGACGAGCAGCAGCACGCGCAAGACGUCCAGCAACCUCCACCUGACCAGGCUGUCGGUGCGUCCGAUCCGGCACCGCUGCAGGGCUCGACUGCGCCCGCGGUGGCUACGGAUGCAGCGGCGCGCACCGAGAUCGUCGAUGCAAGCGCCGAGCUGCCCGAGCGCGCUCGGAGCGACUCGCGCGGCGCACGCACGCGCCGCAAGGUGUUCGAGGGCCAGGAGGAGUGGGGCAAGGAGAUCCCCGAAGUCUCGCUCGACCUCAACCGGCAUAUCGUGCCCGAGUGGAUGUUGCGCAGGUGUAGGCUCGCUCCCUCCGUCGUCGCUGGCGCAGAGGCGCUGCGUGGGCGCGCGUCGGGCAGUGCGAGUCGGUCGCAUAGCCAGGAAUCGGGCGCGCGCCUCGGCAUGCCCGUGCCGCAAGUGCAGGUGCGCACGGGCGAUGGUGCCGACGCGGCGCCAUGCUCGCCGAUGGCGUCGUACGAGCGUGCGGCACGCUACCGCUCCUCGCGGCCCACCUCGUCGUCGUCGCAGGCAGAGCGCAAGGAGUUCAGCUCGAGCCCGCUCACGCCCGCCGUGUCGCCGGAUGCCUCGCCGCGCUCCACGCGGUCCAUGGGCCACGCCGCCGACUGGGGCGGACGCGCCACCCAGCCCGACUCGGAGCGGCUGCACUCGUCGAGCUACGGCCAUGCGGCUGCCGGCCUGGGUCCGCUGUCGCGCUCGCGCAGUCCGGCACGCAGCGCACUCAGCAUGACGAGCCGCACGCCGUCGCACGCCUCGCACGCGUCGCAGCCAGCCGUGGGGCUCGGGUACGGCGCACAGGCGCUCAACGGCAUCCAUGGGCGCGGCAUCACCACGGUGAACCGCAAGCUGCAGGAGCAGGUGCUGCGCGAGGUGUUUAGCAGCCCCAUGCUCAAGGACGGCCUCGAGCCGCGCUACGGUUCGAGCGCCAAGCGGAAUGCGCGCAAGAACCGACGCCGCCUCGCGAGGGCGUGGGAGGAGAGCGAGGAGGGCGAACGACUGCGCGCCACGCGCAAUCUCGGCAAUACGCCCAGGGAGACGCUCACGGCGCCGAGUGUGCUGCGCAGCGACGUGCGCACCCCCGACCCUGUGAGUAGCGGCAGGAUGAGCGUCGCCAGCGAGUUUACGCCCACGGCUGCAUCGUCGCCCAUCCACUACAGGGGGCAGGCUAGGCAUCCGUCCACGCCGCCGCGCACGCCGCCGUUGGGCGCGACUAGCUUGACCGCCUCGUCGCCGGCGUCGUCUAGGCUGCCGACCGCGGUUGAGAGGGAGUCGCCCAGUGCGGCGCUCAAGAGUGCUGCGCGGUCGGACGUGUUGAAGCAGCACCCAAGACGCGUGCUCAGCGACGUCUCGCUUGCCCUCAAGCCCGAACGCUCCCCACAGACGGCCAGCGGUUUAGCGAAUGACACCACGCUCGAUACGGAGCGCCCCGCAGCGGAGCUCGACGCGCUCGAUGGCGAGGUGGAGAAGCUAUCGCUGGCCGAAGAUGUGCCGUUGGUGUCGGAGCCCGUGGAAAUGGGCGAGGCGGGCGCAGCGGGGCAGACGCGGCAGGAGCAGUUUUUGCUCAUGGAGGAUCUUACGGGUCGGCUGAAGUCGCCGUGCGUGCUGGACCUCAAGAUGGGCACGCGCCAGUACGGACUGGAUGCGACGGAUGCCAAGAAAAAGAGCCAGACGAAAAAGUGCGACAAGACGACGUCGCGCUCGCACGGCGUGCGCAUCUGCGGCAUGCAGGUGUACGACUGCGUCCGCUCCGCCUUUAUCUUUCAAGACAAGUACUACGGGCGUAAAGUUCUGCCCUCGGAGUUUGCGGGGGCGUUGGCGCGGUUCUUCUUUGAUGGCGAGCGCGUGCUGAUGCAUCAUGUGCCGCUGAUCCUGCAGAAGAUCUACCACCUGGCGCGCAUCGUAUGGCGCCUGCGCGGAUAUCGCUUCUACGCCAGCAGCCUGCUGUUUAUUUACGAUGGGGACUGCGAUACGCAGCGACGGCUGGAGGAGGAAUUCGAUGUGCGCUGCAGACAGGGUUGUGGAGGCACCGUGGCACCGAGCCAGAUGAUCGUCGGCUCCAACGUGCCUGUCGAUGUAGACGAGGCGGCGAGUUACAGUAUCGGUUCGAGCCCGUUGUUGGGUCCGAUGGGUGCGGGGCAUUCGACAACAGGGUCGGAAGUUGCGAGGAGGAGACGUAGGAAGGGCGAGAUCAAUAUCCGCAUCAUCGACUUUGCCCACUGCACUACGGGGCACGACUACGAUUUCGAGCCGCACGUCGGCAGUGCAACAGGCCUGCCCAAGGCGCGCUUCCCUCCCAAGCUCACCGACGGCCCCGAUAGCGGGUAUCUGUUUGGGCUCCAGAAUCUCGCACGCAGCUUCGAGGAGAUCUGGCAGACGGAGCGCGAGCGCCGCCGAGAGGUGCGCGCUACGCUCAGGCAGAAUGGCAACGAGGCCGACGAGGACGAGCACGGACGGUAUGUAGGCGAUCUCGGCGAGUUGAAGGUGGCGGGCGCCGAGGUGUUUGGUGAGAUCUUUGGAGACGGCCCGCACGGGCUCCACGGAUAUGUGUCUACAUAG